AUGUCUGACGAGCCUACGAUUCUUCGCCCGCGUCCGCGACGCGUGUUCGACCUUACGCCGGAAGAGCCCUCCACCCCUGCUGAGCCUGCCAACCCGGACCUGCUGAACCCCAAGGACGGGAGCUCGUCCACCACCGUGAGCCGCAAUGCUUCAAUUAUGAACUUGACGUCUUCGACCCUGUAUGGAAUCUACUCCCCCACGGCGUUUGAAAGUACCCGGGACGAGACCAGCCCCUGGGGGACAGAAGCCCACACACCUGAGCCGGGAAGUCCAAGGAUCCAGCCUGAAUUGCCUGCCCCGGGCAAGCUUCAGCGGACGCGGACGCGCCUCAGUCACGGCCUGUUUCGGGGACUCAUCCUUCCGCAAGCGUUGAAGAGCGCUUUCUUGUUUGGCUUUGGCCUUGUUUACGGUAUCAUCACGAUUCAUCUUCACGAAAACCAUUGGAUUACCCCGGUCAAGUUGGAAAAUACACACUAUUACGGUUCAUGGCAAUACUUGGCGUUCUGGGGUGUGGCCGGUGUCGCCCUGGGGAAUGUGCUCCCCUGGUUCGACCAGUUCUCGGACGAAGUGCUCGAAAACUCCAGGCAAGCAAAACGGUCUAGCGAUGAAGAAUCAGCGGACCGUACUCUUUCGUGGGUAGCGGUGGUUCGUAGUGUCGGUGCCUUUGUGGGGAUCGCCUUUGCCAUGCGCCGCCUUCCUUGGGAAUCCACGACUCAAGCGUCGGUGACCCUCGCUCUCGUCAACCCCGUGCUCUGGUACCUCAUUGACCGUACGCGGACUGGAUUUGUUCUGUCGACUGUCGUCGGUUUGGCCGGCAUGGGUGUUGUCUUGGGACUCAAGCCAGACCUCGUGCCAUCUGCAGAGACUUCCGUCCCCGCUGCGAUUGUCUCGAACUUCACUGGAAAGGAAUACGGGCUCGACAUUGGAAUGACCCAGGAGAGCAUUGCAGUACAUCUGCCGUAUGCAGAGCGCUAUGCCCGUCUGGGCCAAAGCACGGGUUCCCGCUAG